UCCCAGAUUCCUGUAUUCUUAUUUUAUUAAUUAGUCAAACUAAACUAUAACUGUAUAAUGUCUUUGGAAUCAAUUCGUUUCAAGAAUGGAAAAUUGCACAUUUUGGAUCAAUUACAACUACCCAAGAAAACUAUUUAUGAAGAGAUUAAAACUGUAGAAGAUGGUUGGAAUGCUAUCAAAUCUAUGAAAGUACGAGGCGCCCCAGCUAUUGCAAUGGUGGGCUGUUUAAGUUUGGCUGUCGAUCUUGAGGACCAGAGAUUUGAACUGACAGAUGAUGUUCUGAAUUACGUUGAAAAGAAACUUGAAUAUCUGAUUACUGCAAGACCAACUGCAGUUAAUAUGACGAAAACUGCGAAUGAAUUGCUUGACUAUGCAAAACAUUUGGCUUUAGAAAUGCCAGAACCAGAAUGUUUGAAGGGAACUAUCAUUGAAAGAAUUGAAUAUUUUUUAAAGAAAGAUAUAAAAGAUAAUGAAAGCAUUGGAGAGCAUGGCUCAAUACAUAUUAUGAACAACCCAAAGUGUGUUAAAAAUGGAGGAAAAGUUAAUGUGCUUACACAUUGUAACACUGGUUCCUUGGCAACUGCAGGUUACGGAACAGCAUUGGGAGUUAUCCGCUCCUUACAUACAAAAGGAUUUGUUGAACAUGCAUAUUGCACUGAAACAAGGCCUUAUAAUCAAGGAGCACGACUUACUGCAUAUGAACUUAUACAUGAAAAAAUUCCUGCCACUUUGAUCGCAGAUAGUAUGGCUGCUUUAUUAAUGAAAUCAAAACCAAUAUCAGCGGUUAUUGUAGGCGCAGAUCGUGUUGCUCGAAAUGGAGACACAGCGAAUAAAAUUGGGACUUAUCAAUUAGCAGUUGCGGCAAAAUACCAUGACAUUCCGUUUUACGUCGCUGCCCCUUUUUCUUCAAUUGACCAUGACACUGAACACGGGGACCAUAUUGAGAUAGAGCACCGCCCUCCUGAGGAGCUGUUAAGCAUUCAUGGUGUCCAAAUCGCAGCAGAAGGAAUCGGAUGCUGGAAUCCCUCGUUUGAUGUCACACCGUAUGAGCUUGUGACUGGAGGAAUAAUAACUGAGCACGGUGUUUUUAAUAAAGAGGAAAUAUUGGAGAAAUUAACAAAUGGUUACUGAGUUUGUGAUCUAAAAUUAUAGAAGGUGACAUGGGUGUUAGUAAUGCAAAACUUCAGUUUGGUGAUAAGUAUGGAUUGGUGCAAUAAAAGCUAAUAUGUGGUGCCUUUAAUAUUUGAAGAAAAUAUUUUUGAGUAAAACAUUCUUCAAGAUCAGUCAAUAUCAUUGUGUUGCUUUCCUCUUAAUUUAUCGAAUAGUACUCCAGAUGAAAUCGCUUUGACUUAACUUUUCUUCGGACCUGUGUUGAGAAUAUUAGACCAGUGUACCCCUUUUCAGCUUUAUAUGUUUACUCUGGUGCCUUAUUUUGAAUUUUGCACAUAUGCGCCCCUUGAUUUUGCCUAUAGAUUAAUUUCUGAGUAACAUUCAAAUUUUUAUUCAUUUUGCUGAAUCUCUCAUACCUGCCUAUGCAUCACAAGUGCAGCCCGCACACGGCACACUGAAUGAGAGCGAAAUACUGAAAAUGAUUUAAUUUAUUACAAAAGUAAGUUUGUAA